GUUUGUGUUUACUCUCAACAUUUUGUAAUUUGGGAGAACAAUAAUUUCCUUUUAGUUUUGAAAUCUAAUACUUAAAAUUUUAAACUACAUAAAAUGCUUAAACUUUUUAAAUUUUCUCGAUAUUCUAUAAAAUGUCCAAACCGAUUUUAUUCGAAAGAGAUUCCAAAAAACGUAUUAGAAACAAAUCAAAGCUCUCAACAUCAGGAAAAUGGAGCAAUUUAUGAUAAAAAACCAUUUAAAUUAAAUUUGACAGAAGGAAAAAUGUAUGCAUGGUGCUUAUGUGGAAAAUCUAAAAAUCAACCACUUUGUGAUGGAACCCACAAAAAUGAAUUUCUAAAAAUUAAACAUAGACCCAUACGUUUCCAAGUUGAAAAAACCGGUGAAUAUUGGUUAUGCAACUGCAAGCAAACUAAACAUCGUCCAUUCUGCGAUGGCACUCAUAAACAACCAGAAAUUCAAGCAGCUAUUAAAUAAGUAGACAAUUCGCUGAAAUAAAUCUUUAAAUUUUGUUUCGAAAAAAACUUGUAUACAUAUGAAUAUUUAAAAUACUUUUAAUAUUCUUGAUACACAUAAGUAAUGUGCCUAUGCACUAAAUAAUUUGGAUGAUUUAAAUUUCAAAAUUUUGUCUUGAAAAACAAUCAUUCUUUAAUAUUUUUGAAGUAGCUAUGUAUGAACAUAAAUGUACAUUAAACGUGUACAAUAAUACAAACAUAA